UAUAACUUUCACACCUCUACCCUGUCUUUCAGUAUUUAGUCAAACAAAAUAAACUACAUUUGUUAGAGCUUGAUAAGAAUUCAGUUUGUCUUCAGUGUGUGUGUCCGUCAUCAAGCAACAAAUCGACGUAUUUUUUUUGACUAAAAAGUUCUAAUGGAGAACCAAUCUUAAACAAGGAAAACGACUUAAAUCGAAAAAACAAAUUUAAAAUAUAACACGAAACGAAUCAAAAACUGUUAAAGAGUGUGCAAUUAACAAGAAAACAAACAAAACCAACAUUGUUUUGCAGAGAUAUAUUUACAUUGUAAAGGUCUGUCAAUAACUAGACUUCACUGUGGUCAAGAUGACGCAACCACUGCCCAUCCGCUUUCAGGAGCAUUUACAGCUCACAAAUGUUGGGAUCAACGCAAAUUCAUUUUCAUUCAGCACGCUCACGAUGGAAUCGGAUAAGUUUAUCUGCGUGCGAGAGAAGGUUAAUGAUACCGCCCAAGUGGUCAUCAUUGACAUGAACGAUGCAACCAAUCCCACUCGGCGUCCCAUCUCAGCGGACUCUGCUAUCAUGAAUCCAGCUAGCAAGGUCAUUGCGCUCAAAGCGCAAAAGACGUUGCAGAUCUUUAACAUUGAAAUGAAAUCGAAAAUGAAGGCCCAUACUAUGAACGAGGAUGUUGUGUUUUGGAAGUGGAUAUCCCUCAAUACGCUAGCUCUUGUUACAGAAACGAGUGUGUUCCAUUGGUCCAUGGAGGGUGAUUCGAUGCCGCAGAAGAUGUUUGACCGGCAUUCAUCUUUGAAUGGAUGUCAAAUUAUCAACUAUCGCUGCAAUGCCUCCCAGCAGUGGCUUCUACUUGUUGGCAUUUCGGCUCUACCGAGUCGUGUUGCCGGAGCCAUGCAGUUGUAUUCGGUAGAACGUAAGGUUUCCCAGGCCAUCGAGGGCCACGCAGCCAGCUUUGCCACAUUCAAAAUCGAUGCCAACAAGGAGCCAACAACGCUGUUCUGCUUUGCAGUGCGUACUGCCACUGGUGGCAAGCUUCAUAUCAUCGAAGUCGGAGCUCCGCCAAAUGGCAAUCAGCCGUUUGCCAAGAAGGCUGUGGAUGUGUUCUUUCCGCCGGAAGCACAAAAUGAUUUCCCUGUGGCAAUGCAAGUGUCUGCCAAGUACGAUACCAUCUAUUUGAUAACCAAAUAUGGAUACAUUCAUCUUUAUGACAUGGAGACGGCCACGUGCAUAUACAUGAAUCGUAUAUCGGCCGAUACGAUCUUUGUUACCGCACCGCAUGAAGCAAGUGGCGGCAUCAUUGGCGUCAAUCGCAAGGGACAGGUCCUGUCGGUGACUGUGGACGAGGAGCAGAUCAUCCCGUAUAUCAAUACUGUUCUGCAAAAUCCUGAUUUGGCCCUUCGCAUGGCUGUGCGCAACAAUCUAGCCGGUGCUGAGGAUCUUUUUGUGCGAAAGUUCAAUAAGCUCUUUACAGCUGGCCAAUAUGCUGAGGCAGCUAAAGUUGCUGCAUUGGCACCAAAGGCAAUUCUGCGGACACCACAGACCAUUCAACGAUUCCAACAGGUCCAGACGCCAGCAGGUUCCACGACUCCACCAUUGCUCCAAUACUUUGGCAUUCUUCUCGACCAGGGAAAAUUGAAUAAGUUCGAAUCUCUGGAGUUGUGUCGACCAGUCUUAUUGCAAGGCAAGAAGCAAUUGUGCGAAAAGUGGCUAAAGGAGGAGAAAUUGGAGUGCAGCGAAGAGUUGGGAGAUUUGGUUAAAGCUUCGGAUCUUACACUUGCUCUCUCGAUUUACUUACGCGCAAAUGUUCCCAACAAGGUCAUCCAAUGCUUUGCUGAGACCGGACAGUUCCAGAAAAUUGUCCUUUAUGCUAAGAAGGUCAACUAUACGCCUGAUUAUGUUUUCUUGCUGCGCUCUGUAAUGCGAAGCAAUCCAGAGCAGGGAGCUGGUUUCGCCUCAAUGUUGGUGGCCGAGGAAGAGCCACUGGCUGAUAUCAACCAGAUUGUGGACAUCUUUAUGGAACACUCCAUGGUGCAGCAGUGCACGGCGUUCUUGCUGGACGCCCUUAAGCAUAACCGACCGGCAGAAGGUGCUCUUCAGACGCGCCUGCUGGAAAUGAAUCUUAUGUCUGCUCCCCAGGUUGCCGAUGCCAUCUUGGGCAACGCCAUGUUCACCCACUACGAUCGAGCCCACAUUGCCCAGCUGUGCGAAAAAGCAGGACUACUCCAGCGGGCUCUGGAACACUAUACGGAUUUGUAUGAUAUUAAGCGAGCUGUUGUGCACACACACAUGCUGAAUGCCGAAUGGCUGGUCAGUUUCUUUGGUACUCUGUCGGUUGAGGACUCUCUUGAAUGUCUAAAGGCAAUGCUAACGGCGAACUUACGUCAAAAUCUGCAAAUCUGUGUGCAGAUUGCCACCAAAUACCAUGAGCAGUUAACGAACAAGGCACUCAUUGAUCUUUUCGAAGGAUUCAAGAGCUAUGACGGCCUGUUCUAUUUCCUGAGCAGCAUUGUCAACUUCUCACAAGAUCCCGAAGUACACUUCAAAUACAUUCAGGCUGCCUGCAAGACUAACCAGAUCAAGGAGGUUGAACGUAUUUGCCGCGAAUCAAACUGCUACAAUCCCGAACGUGUAAAGAACUUCUUAAAGGAAGCCAAGCUAACAGAUCAGCUACCGUUGAUUAUCGUUUGUGAUCGCUUCGAUUUCGUUCACGAUUUGGUGCUUUACCUAUAUCGUAAUAAUCUUCAGAAGUACAUCGAGAUAUAUGUGCAGAAAGUCAAUCCGUCCCGCUUGCCGGUCGUUGUGGGUGGCCUGCUUGAUGUUGAUUGCAGUGAGGAUAUAAUCAAAAAUCUAAUUCUUGUUGUCAAAGGACAAUUCUCAACGGACGAGCUGGUCGAGGAGGUUGAAAAGCGCAACCGUCUUAAGCUACUCCUUCCAUGGCUGGAGUCCCGAGUUCACGAGGGCUGUGUUGAGCCAGCCACCCACAAUGCCUUGGCCAAGAUCUACAUUGAUUCAAACAACAACCCCGAGAGAUAUCUUAAGGAGAAUCAGUACUACGAUAGCCGUGUCGUUGGUCGCUAUUGCGAAAAGCGGGAUCCUCAUUUGGCGUGUGUUGCUUACGAGCGUGGAUUGUGCGAUCGUGAGCUUAUCGCCGUUUGUAACGAGAAUUCACUAUUUAAAAGUGAAGCACGCUAUUUGGUUGGACGUCGCGAUGCGGAGCUCUGGGCAGAAGUGCUUUCUGAGAGCAAUCCCUAUAAGCGCCAGUUGAUCGAUCAGGUCGUGCAGACGGCUUUAUCCGAAACCCAGGAUCCGGAUGACAUAUCGGUUACCGUUAAGGCUUUCAUGACCGCUGAUUUGCCAAAUGAGUUGAUUGAACUUUUGGAGAAGAUUAUUUUGGAUUCGUCUGUCUUUAGCGAUCAUCGCAAUCUCCAGAACUUGCUUAUUCUCACAGCCAUCAAGGCUGAUCGUACCCGUGUCAUGGAUUAUAUCAACAGGCUGGAUAAUUACGAUGCUCCCGAUAUCGCAAACAUUGCGAUCAGUAAUCAGUUGUACGAGGAAGCCUUUGCCAUCUUCAAGAAAUUCGACGUGAAUACAUCGGCUAUCCAAGUUCUUAUUGAUCAGGUGAACAACCUGGAGAGGGCUAACGAGUUUGCCGAACGCUGCAAUGAGCCGGCCGUGUGGUCGCAGUUGGCCAAGGCACAACUGCAGCAGGGUCUAGUUAAGGAGGCUAUUGAUUCGUACAUCAAGGCCGAUGAUCCGAGUGCCUAUGUCGAUGUGGUUGAUGUGGCCAGUAAAGUGGAGUCGUGGGAUGACCUCGUUCGCUAUUUGCAAAUGGCACGUAAGAAGGCACGUGAAUCUUACAUCGAGAGCGAAUUGAUCUAUGCCUAUGCUCGCACUGGCCGUCUAGCGGAUCUGGAAGAGUUUAUUUCGGGUCCCAAUCAUGCUGAUAUCCAGAAAAUUGGUAAUCGUUGCUUCAGCGACGGUAUGUACGAUGCCGCGAAGCUCCUUUACAACAACGUCAGCAACUUUGCCCGUUUGGCCAUUACCUUGGUGUAUCUGAAGGAGUUCCAAGGAGCUGUCGACUCGGCGCGGAAAGCCAACUCAACGCGCACGUGGAAGGAGGUGUGCUUUGCCUGCGUAGAUGCCGAAGAGUUCAGGCUAGCUCAGAUGUGUGGCCUGCAUAUUGUGGUCCAUGCCGAUGAAUUGGAGGAUCUUAUUAAUUAUUAUCAAAACCGGGGAUAUUUCGAUGAAUUGAUUGCGUUACUGGAGUCAGCUCUUGGGCUAGAACGUGCUCACAUGGGAAUGUUCACCGAGCUAGCUAUACUUUAUUCAAAAUUCAAACCUUCCAAAAUGCGAGAACACCUGGAAUUGUUUUGGUCUCGCGUUAACAUUCCAAAGGUUCUGCGUGCUGCUGAAUCGGCUCAUUUGUGGUCAGAACUGGUGUUCCUUUAUGACAAGUACGAGGAAUACGAUAAUGCUGUUUUGGCCAUGAUGGCACACCCCACGGAAGCGUGGCGUGAGGGGCACUUUAAGGAUAUUAUUACUAAGGUGGCCAACAUUGAGCUGUACUACAAGGCCAUCGAAUUCUAUUUGGACUUUAAGCCAUUGCUGUUGAACGAUAUGCUCCUUGUGCUGGCACCCAGAAUGGAUCAUACGCGUGCUGUUAGUUACUUCUCCAAAACCGGGUAUUUGCCGCUUGUUAAGCCUUAUCUGCGUUCAGUCCAAUCUCUCAAUAACAAGGCUAUCAACGAAGCCCUAAACGGACUCUUAAUAGACGAGGAGGAUUAUCAGGGUCUGCGCAACUCGAUCGAUGGUUUUGAUAACUUUGACAACAUUGCGCUGGCUCAGAAACUCGAAAAACAUGAACUAACUGAAUUCCGUAGAAUUGCUGCUUACUUAUACAAGGGCAACAACCGCUGGAAACAGAGCGUUGAACUCUGCAAAAAGGACAAACUCUACAAGGAUGCUAUGGAGUAUGCCGCCGAGUCUUGCAAGCAAGAUAUAGCUGAAGAAUUGUUGGGUUGGUUCCUAGAACGUGAUGCUUACGAUUGUUUUGCGGCAUGUCUAUAUCAGUGCUACGACUUGCUGCGCCCUGAUGUUAUUUUGGAGUUGGCUUGGAAACAUAAAAUCGUUGACUUUGCCAUGCCCUAUUUAAUCCAAGUAUUGCGCGAAUACACAAUAAAAGUUGACAAACUGGAACUAAAUGAAGCUCAGCGCGAGAAGGAGGACGAUUCAACUGAACAUAAAAAUAUUAUACAAAUGGAGCCACAACUGAUGAUCACUGCUGGUCCAGCAAUGGGAAUUCCACCACAAUAUGCACAGAAUUAUCCACCCGGCGCACCAACAGUAACGGCGGCACCAGGACGUAACAUGGGUUAUCCCUACUUGUAGGAAUCAAAAUCGUUAAAUCCAUCAAAACAACUUUAAAAACAAAUGUAUCAGCAUUAAAGGAAUACCAAUAAAAUAAGAAAAAUAAUCUAUUAAAUAAUUGCAUGUGCGCCAAAAAUUACCAAAACAAAAGAAGAACAACAGUAAAUAUAAUUCCAAACAUCAUUAAAUUAAUGCAAUGCAAUUAACAAUCCAACUUUUGGUUUGUUUUGUAGACAGUUAAAAAAUGAUUAUAUGUUUUGAUAAUUACAGCACUCUUUAUUCAAAUAUAACAGAAUAUAUUACUUUUUAUCAUAA